AGAAUCCACACGGGAGUUAAACCCCAUAAAUGCCUCAACUGUGGGAAAAGCUUCAAUCGGAGCUCAACCCUGGUUAGACAUCAGAGAACCCACACAGGAGAGAAACCCUUUAUAUGCCUGGAGUGCGGGAAAAAGUUUAGUGACAGUUCAGCUCUUAUUGUGCAUCAGAGACUCCACACUGGGGAUAAACCCUUUAAAUGCUCCGACUGUGGGAAAAGUUUCUUUCAACUCUCACGGCUCCUUGCACAUCAGAGAAUCCACACGGGCGAGAACCCCUAUAAAUGCCUCGAGUGCGGGAAAAGGUUUAAUGACAACUCAAACCUUAUUACACACCAGAUUAUCCACACGGGAGAGAGACCCUACAAAUGCCUGGACUGUGGAAAAAGCUUCAGUCGCAGCUCGCAUCUUAUUACGCAUUACAGAACCCACACUGGAGAGAGACCCUAUAAAUGCCUGGACUGUGGGAAAAGUUUCAAUCAGAGCUCAAACCUGAUUACACAUCAGAGACUCCAUACGGCAGAGAAGCCCUAUAAAUGCCAGGAGUGCGGGAAAAGUUUCAAUCAGAGCUCCAACCUUAUUCUGCACCAGCGAACGCACACGGGGGAGAGGCCCUACAAAUGCCUCGACUGCGGGAAAAGUUUCAAUCGGAGCUCGAGCCUCGUCGUGCAUCAGCGAAUCCACACGGGAGACAAACCCCACAAAUGCACCAAAUGUGGGAAGAGUUUCAUUCAGAGCUCCAACCUGACGACGCACCAAAAAAUCCACACGGGGGAAAAAAACUGUCAGUGCCCAGAGUGUGGGAAAAUGUUCAGCGACAACUCAGCCCUGAUUAAGCACCGAAGAAUCCAUUCGGGACAGAAACCCUAUAAAUGCCCGGAAUGCGGGAAAGGGUUUAGUGACAGCUCAACCUGUAUUCGACACCAGAGAACCCACACGGGAGAGAGACCCUACAAAUGCCUGGAUUGUGGGAAAAGCUUCAAUCUGAGCUCCAACCUAGUUACGCACCGGAGAAUCCACACGGGGGAAAGACCCUAUAAAUGCCUCGACUGUGGGAGAAGCUUUAGUCAGAACUCGCAUCUGAUUAAACAUCAGAAAGUCCACACGAGGUUGAAAUCUUGAAUGCGGGAGCGGUUGCAGUCGGGGCUUUGGUUGGGUUUGGAAUCAGCAAAUCCAUACAGGGAAGAAACUUCCUUGAUGUCCUGAGAAGGGAAAAUGUUAUGGGGGUGGGGGAAUGCAAACAAUGGUAUUAUUUUUUGGGGGGGAGGGGAGAAAUUAGACAUAUGAAUGCUUGCUGGGAAGGGAGGAGAAUUUUUGAGUGGGGAGGGAUGGGGAAGACAGGCAUAAAGUGGCUUGACUUGGUGCGAAACCUGACAAUCCUGCAGCGAUCUGGCCUUCCAUCCGCUGUUCGUUCUAUCGAAAAGCGUUGCGGCCACAGUGGCCGUCUCGCCGCGAUGGAGAAAAAAGCUCCAGCAGGGUGUGUGCCUUGACUCUCCCCGGUGCCGCCCCCGGGGCCACCCCGGACACUGGUGGCUUCACAGGAUUGAGCCAGAUCUGAGAACUUCACUCCACGACGUCUGGGACGACACCAUUGACUGAGGUCACAGGCUGGUGCAGUAGUCCCCGGUGGACUGGGUGUGUUUGAUGAAGGUGUUUGAUGGCUCAGGGCUACAGCAUGGGAAGGGAGGGAUUAUGGGACAGGAGAAAUGAGGAUGAGUGAUAGGGAUGGGGAGAAGGGCCAAGGAGAGGUGCAGGGGGGCCAGGAGGAGGGGGAUGUGGGGGGAAAAUGACAGAGGAUUGAGGAAACUAGAGCCAGGGGUGUCUGUCAGCAUCAAAUUCUCUCUUCCCAUGUGUGUCGUGAUCUAUAGGGGCUGCCUUUCUUGGGGGGGAGGGAGUGAGGGGGUCUGAGCCGCUCUCCCUACCUUUGAAUGUGGGCAGGGAUGUGGGGUCCAUGUCCCCCUAGGGGGUGGGUCUGAUUUCCCCCUCCCUGUUCCCCCUCAUGUGACCCUUGCGCCUCUGGGGAUGUCUCUGCCCCCAUCCCUGCCUCACUUAUAUAAGAUGGGAUCUGGGGAGAGGGCUGUCUCUUGGGGGUGUCUGAGCCCCUCUCCCUGCCCCCACUCAUGGGAUUAGGGGCCUUGUCCAUGGGGGGGGGUCAGAGCUCCUUCCCCCCAUGUAAGCCAAGAUUGGGGGGGUGCCCUCUUCGACUGAAGGGCUCUGCCCCUCACCAUAUGAGCUGGGUCGAGGGGGACUGGGCCCUUGUGGUGGGGAGAUAAGAGGCGUGCUCGGAGCAUGCCCCGAAAACACGCGCUGCGGACAUGGGGGGCAGUGAGGAGAGCUCACUGGGGCUCAGGUUCAGGGAGCUAGCUCCUUGUCCCGCCUCUUCUGUCCGUGGCCCCGCCCACACUCCACCCCAGGCCCUGCCUCUGCUCCGCCCCCUCCCCCGCUCUAGUUCACACAUUCCUCCUCUCCUCCCCUGCAAGGCCUCCACUGCCCACAGGGACGCAGUGGGCCAUGGGGGCCUCUUGGGGGGGGGGGGGUGGAGGAGGAGAGAAGGGACUCAGCCAGGCAGUGAUGGGUGUGGGGACCUCGGGGAAGGGGCGGAGCAGGGACGGAAAGAGGCGGAGCACAGGCGGGGCCACCACAGCCCAGGUGGCAGGGCGACACCAGCUGUGCCAGGGAAGAUUUAUUAUACCCACCACCUAUGCUACCCGCUUUUUCAGUGCACACAUAGCUUCUUAUCUACUAAUAGCUUAAUGGGACAGGAAGGGGAGAGUGAGCUAAAAACAGUGUGUGUGGGGGAGGGGGGGAGUGUAUGUUGUUUGAGGCGGGAGACACAGUAGCCUUCUCUCACAUGCUUAAAGUUACGGUCUGAGGCAUGUCAUAAAGCUGCCAAGAUUUUGGGACCUAGCCCGUGUCUGUGAUUUCUCUCCCCCGCCCUGUUUGCAAUGACGCACUCCAAAUAUUUCAAAGCACGACUAUUAUCCCUAUUCCACGAUCGCAAAAUGCACAGGGUGCGGGCGGAGCACUUAGGAAUCACAUAAUGACCGUGUGGCCUAGUGGAGAAACCACCGGGCUGGAACUAUUCCUGGGUCUGCCCCCGGCCCACUGGGUGACCUUGGGCAAGGCCUGUCAGCUCCCCGUGCCUCAGCUGCCCAUCUGUAAAAUGGGGGUCAUUCUUUGGGGUUCACUUCUGUAAAGCUCUGUUUAAAAGCUGGGUCUUUUUGUGCUUCUCUAGCCCCGGCAGCGUAUCAGCUGUUAAUAUUGGGGCAAACAUCAACAGACUAACUGACCCCUCCUCCAAUAUUUUUCUGUUCAAAAAGCUAGGAAAUUCACUGCCAAAAAACUUCGUUAACACAGGCUAAGGCUGCCUGAUGAUAACUUGUGCCCUUGCCGAAGGCAGAAUUCAGGGGGAAAAAUCCUUCUGAAAACCAGGCAAUACAGCGUUAAGGUACACGCCUAUGCAACCGUAGCUCUUCCCCCCUGGAGCUGGCAGCAUCCAGGGGAAAGUAUCUGCACCUACUCACUGUGUUGGGGUAGCUGUACUGAAAGGUGGGAGAUCCCUACUCAAAUCCCUUUUCCCCACCCAGGCAGAGGGGGGAAUUGGCCUGGGGUGUCCCACGUCCUGGGUAACUGCUUUAGGCUAAAGGUUAUAAGAGAGUCGUGCCCCUCCCAACAGCUGUUUUGGGUGCAGUUAGGAGAGAUCUGAUCAUGAAUACGGCUGUUGUGACAAUUGGCCUAUAACUCUUGCCUACUUAGGAGUUCACUGUGGAAAGUAGGUCAAGUUAUUUUCAAUAGAACAUGUUCUAAACAGAUCAUAGAAUCAUAGACUAUCAGGGUUGGAAGCGACCUCAGGAGGUCAUCUAGUCCAACCCGCUGCUCAAAGCAGGGCCAAUCCCCAGACAGAUUUUUGCCCCAGAUCCCUAAAUGGCCCCCUCAAGGAUUGAACUCACAACCCUGGGUUUAGCAGGCCAAUGCUCCAACUACUGAGCAGAUGCAAGAGAAGCAGCCAGAGAGAUUAAGUAAGUCCAAACCACAUAGGGCAAGUUGAUGCGAUACAAGGCCUGUAUUGAAAUUAAGCUGGGUGAAAACAGGAGAGGUGGAGACGGAAGUUAAUAAGCCAAUAUUGGUGAGACAGAUAUUAGGCCUAAUUGAUGACAAAAGAAGGAGGGCGAUGAACUCUGCCUCCCAAUUUUUUCCCUUCUGGAGUAGGAGUAGGUGGUGUGAGCUCUCUUCUCCUGUCCCAGCUUGCAUCUUCCCUCAGCUCAUCCCCCGAUCUGCCAGUGCUUCAUCUCAUCUCGACUCAUCUGAAGGACUUGCUCUUCUUUAGGGAACUUUGUUUUCACCUGCGAGUGCUGAAAGUCAUCUCAUUGUCGUGACGUCCAGAUCUCAGCCCACCAGUGGGGAGAUAGAAUUACCGGCACCAGGAAUGUGCGUGAGAUCCUGUAUUGUAUUCCCUUCCUUUGUUGUGUUGUUUUCUGCUCCACUGUUUCUUUCCUCUCAUCCUACCUCGCUCUCUUGGCUUCUUGUCAAAUCCUGAAGUCAAGUAUAUUGCAAUCCUCCAAACCUGCCUUGUCGAAGGAGAAAGGAUGCCAUCAGAUGACAGCCCUGACCAGUUCAUAACUAACCGGAUCACGCAACUGGUAUUGUAGUUCACUUGCCAGACAAAGCAUCCACUUGUAACUAACCAAUAGUCCAAAAACCUCCACAAAAGCCAUAUUUCACCCAUCUUCUCUGUCCCGUCUCUCCUCCACCCUGUCUGUCUCUGUUCAGAACAGGAUACAUGAAUGCCAUUCCAAUCAGGACUGAGACUAAAAUUAAACAUCUCCCUUUCAGCAAAGAAAGGUUGCCCUGAAAACAAGAGACUCUAAACCAGAGAGGUUUCGAUAAGCUCUACAUUUGUUUUGUGUAAUCACUCGACUACAGUUUCCAGAUAAAGGCCAUACAUAAAAAUGUAAGAGCAGUCAUACUGGGUCAGACCAAAGGUCCAUCUAGCCCAGUGUCCUGUCUUCCAACAGUGGCCAAUGCCAGGUGCCCCAGAGGGAAUGAACACAACAGGUGAUCAUCAAGUGAUCCAUCCCCUGUUGCCCAUUCCCAGUUUCUGGCAAUCAGAGGCUAGGGACACCAUCGCUGCCCAUCCUGGCUAAUAGCCUUUGAUUUUGGCCUGUUUUGAUUUCUUGUUCUUUUCUUGUGUUCAAUCAAUAAACUUUCAGUUUGAAUGGACACUUUUCGGUUUUGGCCAAGUCACUGAGUGAAACCAAGGGCUCUGUUUAAAACUGUCCCCGAACCCACCUAUUGCUGUUUAAUGCUGGACACAGAGAGUUGAUAAACACCUUGAACCCUUUGGGGCUUUAGAGAGCAGAGUCUAUACAACUGGGCCGGGAGGGCCCCACCCAUCUUUGGCUGGUUGGGAGAUCAUAUUGAGGCUUAGAUAUGAGACCGGCACCUGGUGCUUGCCUGAGGCAGCAGAGUGCAUACCCAAUGCAAAAAUUUCGGUGCCCGGUGAGUUUAGGUGCGUGUUAAUUGGCAGCCAGACGGGGGGUUGGUGGAUCACAGUGGUGCCGAAAAUUGCGAUUUGGGUGCCUAAAUCUGGAGUGCUCCAGAUACCCAGGAACCCUCUGUGAUCUGGGUAUGGCCUCCAGGUAUCCUUUAUGGCCUCCAGGCAUCUCUCACAACCCCACUGCCUUCCCACCUCCCCAUAGCCCCUCCACGCUUACCAAGGACACAGGGUGACCAGGAAAAGGUUAGAGCUGGUAAUUGAGGGGCGUGGAUGUGGGGGGCUUGGGCAGUGCUUAAUUUGUAAUGAAAGAGGUGUCAGGACUCAAGGACAUGUUUUUACUUUAAUAACUGACACGACAAGCCCAGAGGUGCCGGGGCUCUGAACUGCAAGGCCCAGAGGUGCCGGGGCUCUGAACUGCCAGGCUCAGCGGUGCCGGGGUUCUGGACUGCCCGGCCUAGAGGUGCUGGGGCUCUGAACUGCCAGGCCUGGAGGUGCCGGCUCAGCCCUGGCAAGCCCUCACACAAAUUAUGCCCUGGAUUUGGGUAGUGGAGUUGAUAGAUUCCAAGGCCAGGAGAGACCAUUGUAAUCAUCUUGUCUGACCUCCUGUAUUACACCAGCCAGAGAACUUCCCCCAGAGAAUUCCUGGAGAAGAACCUUUUAGCAAAACCCUCCAAUCUUGAUUUUAAAAUUCUCAGUGAUGGAGAAUCCGCUAUGGCCCUUGGUAAAUUGGGCCAGUGGUUAGUUACUCUUGUAGGCCUGGCUUGAACACGAGUCAUUAGGGAGGCUUUAAUUUUUGGAAGACAAGAUUAGGGAGGUAACUAGAUCAGUAGACUGAAAACUGAAUGUUUGGGCUAAGAUAAGUAAAUGGGUCACAAACAGCAAGUCUACACACUACAGAAUUACUUUGUCAUAACUACGUGGUCCUGGGGUUGAAUCAUUCACGCCCCUGAGUUAUAUACCAGCCUAAUCACCAGUGUAGACAGUGCUGUUUUGGCAGGAGAGCUUCUGCCAACAUCGCUAUCGCCUCUCACGGAGGUGGAUUACCUAAGCCGACGGGCCAGCUGUCUCCUGUCAGUAUAGAGCGUCUUCAUUUAGGCACUCCAGGGGUGCGGCACAGCAGUUUAAGUGUAGACCUGCGCUAAGCUAAAAGACAGAAUGUCUGAGCUAGUUAAGAUAAGGAGAACACCCAGGGAAACAUUUACUAAGAACAAGAUGACAAUGGCAAGAAAAGUCAGGAGCGUGGUUGUGUAACUUCAGAUGUGUGGUAUGCCCAGUACCCACAUGUGAGUUUGAUUAACUUGGCAUAGCUUUAUGCCAAAUAAAGAAACCUGAGUGAUGAGACUGGAGUUGAACUGAGUUCUUGAGGAAUCAAGUGGAAGAGGUUUCAAAGACUACUCCAUUGUAGUGAUGCAGCGACUCGGAUCGGAUCCAUUCUCCUGGACCAGGUAAGGUAUCGUUUAUUACAUGUCUAGCUUUACUGUCAAGGAUCGCAACCCAGCACUUUAGCAAUGGCAUUGGUAGGGCUUAAAUUUGAAGAGUUUUCCGGGUCAUUGGGGAACUAAGUUAAAUGCAAAGGUGGACCCUAUAGACUCCCAGAUAGGUAUUAGGGAGAAACUGGGUCUGGGUGGAAAAGGAACGUCACUGAAUAGUGCUAAAUAACAAACGCAACCAAAAAAAAAAGGCAAAUAACUUGUUAUUGCAGAGAGUUAUCCUAAAAAUAAAAGCCCAGUGUAGAGAAGUAAAGGAAUUAACCCUUAUGUAAAAAAUGUUGAGGAAGAAAAGGAGCAAAAAAGAGAUCUAUAAAGUGCAUGCCAUACAGCCCGGCAAAGCAGUUUUAAAAUAAAAAUAAAAGUUGUAACAAUAUUUGAAAGGUACUUUCUAGACUUAUGUAAAAGAAUGCUGGGCAAAGCACAGGAGAAGUGUGUUGAGUGCCAAUACAAUGUUAAAAGGUAGGACCCAUUUGCAGCCAUAAAAAAUAGGAUCUUCUUGUUGUUUUUCUCGUAAAGCAAAAAAAAAGCCCAAAUCAAGGCUGCAGUUUCACAAGGAUUAUUUCUAGUGGCUAAAACUUCACAAACCCAAGGUGCCACCUUACCAAAUAAAUGCAAAAAGUAUAACAAGCAAAUCAAAGUUGUAGGGGGGGGGAAAAGCUAAAUUAAAAAAUUCCCAAAUAACAAUAAUAA